GCGAAUGAGUUUCAAUUUUACUGGAUUACAGAACAAAGAAAGGGGAAAGGGACACCCUGCUCUGUUAAAGGGAAAAGAGAAAUAAACUCAGAUAAAAUACACAAAUAAUAGAAUAUAAAACGUGCGAUCGAAGUCAACAUUGUGAUGUUCCGGAUUACGAUGUUUUAGCAGACGCUGCAGCUACAUUGUGGAUGAGAAUUGUGUUUCUGAUGGAUUAAAACGGGGAAUAAACCUAUUCCGGGAUUGACAGCAGCAACAAGGCUAUUUAAUCGCUAAUUAAGAGGCAUGGCUCAGAUGAGGAAGCUGGCAUGUGAUGGCAUCAGGACGAACUCCCGCGGUGACUCACAGGCCCCGCUGGUGUCAGCCAGACAGGAGAUCCUCACCAGCCUGGUGUCGGCGCUGGACUCAGUGUGCAUGGCGAUGUCUAAGCUCAAUGCCGAGGUGGCGUGCGUCACCGUCCACGAGGACAGCGUGAUCGCUGUCGGCACAGAGAAGGGCAGAGUGUUCCUCAACUCCAGGAGGGAAAUCCAAACAGACUUCUACAAGUUUUGCCGGGGGCCAUGUCUCCAGAAUGUGCCCACAGCAAACGCUCACACCAAAGACCAGGACGGCGAUCUGAGCAAACUGAGUAAGGAGGGGGAGCAUGGGAAGUCAAGAGCGCCAUCAGAUGCUCAGUCCAACAUCUUUGUUCUGAGGAAGAUGGUGGAGGAAGUCUUCACUGUACUGUACAGUGAAGCUGUGGGUAAGAGCAGCCUGGUCCCUGUGCCUUAUGAGCGGAUCCAGAAGGACCCCGGCUGUGUGGUGGCCCACGGCCUGCCUGAGGGAGCCACGCUGAAGAAGCCCUCGGAGUACGACACAAAGACACUGAUGAAGAUUCUGGAGCAGAGCCACCGCAUCCAGUUCACGGUAAAAAGACCAGCAGAAGAUUUGUCUCGAGAAGUCAAGUCCAGCACUGACGUUAAUCACAACUCCACCGCCGUCCUGAGCCCGAGCAGCCACGGCCCCGCCAAGACGCCGGCCCAGGGAGUCACGUCAUCGAGUCCCGCCUCUUCCAGCAACUCGGUCCUGUCUAACUUCCUGUACGGCAUGCCCAUGUCCUCCAAACCUCAUCCGGAUGGCAAGCUGGACUUCAAACCCAUGUCCCUCCUCAACCUGGGCAAGGACAGACUGGCCAACUGGACAGCAGGGACAGACAACAUGAGCACGUCCAUCAAGGACUGUGCAAACAACGAUGAGACAACGAGACUACCUGGGGAGCAGGGUCAGAGCCCGCCUGGCAUCCACAUCUCCAAGAGGCUCCUCUUCUCCAUAGUGCACGAAAAAUCAGAAAAAUGGGAUUCUUUCAUUCGGGAAACUGAAGACAUCAACACGUUGAGAGAAUGUGUUCAGAUCUUGUUCAACAGCAGAUACGCUGAGGCUCUGGGUCUGGAUCACAUGGUGCCUGUCCCGUACCGCAAAAUAGCCUGCGACCCGGGAGCCGUGGAGAUCAUCGGCAUCCCGGACCAGAUCCCCUUCAAGAGACCCUGCACCUACGGGGUCCCCAAGCUCAAACGCAUCCUGGACGAGCGCCAUGGAAUCCGCUUCAUCGUCAAACGAAUGUUUGAUGAAAGGAUCUUCACCGCUGCUGGUAAGAUAGCGAGAGAGGAGGGCAAGCACGAGCUGGGCUCCAUGUCUGAAGACGGCUUCCUCGACAAUCUGAGCAUCGCGUCCGCCGCAGCCGAGCUGGUCAGCAAUCCUCACAGCAGCAGAUCAGCAAGUGCAUGCGUGAGUCCCUUGGCUGACUGUGAAGCAGGUCCUUCAGCAGAUUGCAUUCCUUUGAAAAGGAUUAAAACCGAGCCUCCAGAUGGGGAAAUUAUUCAAGUCACAGUGCCAGAUGCUGGUACAAAUGGGGACGAGGCCAGCGAGUCUGUGGCCGAGCCGGUCGCAGCUGCAGCGUGUCCAGCCACAGCCUCGCCCCCGGCUCCCCCUGCUCCCCCUGCUCCCUCUGCUCCCCAUCACCCAAUGGAAAACCACGCAGCUGAAGCUCUGUCACCCGGUGCGUCCUCGCAGAGCAUCAGAAGAGCCUCUGAAGCAGGCAGUUUGGUGGAGGACAUCAGUGAAAUGAUUCUUCAGCUUCGGAGACAAGUGGAGAGCCUCUUCAGCAUUAAGUACGCGGAUGCUCUGGGGCUGCCUGAACCUGCCAUGGUGCCCUACUCCAAGUUCCAGAUGUACCCGGAGGAUCUGUACGUCACCGGGAUGCCAGAGGGCGUCUCCCUCCGGAGGCCCAACUGCUUCGGAGCUGCCAAGCUGCGCAAGAUCUUAGCUGUUAGCAGUCAGAUCCAGUUUGUCAUCAAUAGGCCUGAGCUGCUGACUGAGCAAGUAAAACAGGAGAUGCCUUCCAUGCCCAUCUGUGACCCAGAGCUGGACGACAAGGAUGCUGCAGCGCUGACGGAGGAUCCUGCAGCGCUGUCCAAGAGACCUGGUUUCUCAGAGUGCCUGGAGUCCAAGCUGUCCAGGAUCGACCUGGCCAACACGCUGCGGGAGCAGGUCCAGGAUCUGUUCAACAGGAAGUACGGGGAGGCGUUGGGCAUCAAGUACCCCGUCCAAGUGCCUUACAAGAGGAUCAAGAACAACCCGGACUCGGUCAUCAUCGAGGGCCUCCCCCCCGGCAUCCCCUUCAGGAAGCCCUGCACCUUCGGCUCCCAGAACCUGGAGAGGAUCCUGGCGGUCGCUGACAAAAUCAAUUUCACCAUCACCAGACCUUUUCAAGGACUCAUUCCAAAACCAGCACCUCGACGCGUCACUUUACUAAAGAAGGCGUACGCCUCGAUAAGCGAUGACGACGACAUUAACCGCAUGGGAGAGAAAGUAGUCCUUCGAGAGCAAGUCAAGGAGCUGUUCAACAAGAAAUACGGUGAGGCUCUGGGCUUAGACCGCUCCGUCGUGGUCCCGUACAAGCUAAUCCGUGGCAGUCCAGAGUCUGUAGAAGUCAGUGGCCUUCCAGACGACAUCUCCUUCCGAAACCCCAACACCUACGACAUCGUGUGCCUGGAGAAAAUCCUUCAAGCUGCAGAUAAAAUAACGUUCAACAUCAAGAGCCAGCUGCAACCGUUUGCAGAGAUCUGCAGUGAACCCUGUAACACAGGUACGUGUGUGAGCUGCUGCUCCGGCGCUGAGCUCUGUGGCCUCCUGGAAGUAACAAAGCUUUUGUCUCCAGCAGCAACAGACGCCUCCACCAAUCGACGGAAGCGCAAGAGAGUCCAGGAGAGCAACCGAGCGCCCGCCUCCUCGGACCACGGGAUAUCGACCAAUCAGAUUCCAGUAAUGCAGUGGCCCAUGUACAUGGUGGACUACAGCGGAGUGAAUGUGCAGGUUCCCGGGAAAGUGAAUUACUGAAGGACAAACCUGGACUGCAGCAAAGGGACGAGAGGAGGAGAGUGUCACAGUGAUAUUCAUGACUCUUCCACAUGCGACACUAACACUUUGUCUGAGCGCUGAGACUCCAGCGCCCGCGCACUGACUCGUGGUUUGACUUUGUGAAUGAGGAACAACAGAAUGUACGUGGAUCAGAAGGUCGCAGGGCAGAAGCGCGGCGUGUCUCUGCCUCCACGCGGCGCCGGCAGGACAGCGCUUUAGUUUUCCUUCUGAAGCUGAUCAUGACGGUAAUAUUGUUUACUCGCCUCGCUGUUACCAAGUGUCCAUCCACUGAGUCGUGUUGCUGUAUCCAGCGUUGGGUUGCAACGUAUUACUGACGACACAAUGUCUUUGAUAACGAUCUGGUUCCAUAAUAUUCAGAUAUUUGUACUUUUUAUUUAUUAUAUUUAUUGAAAUAUAACAUUAUGUGCAGGGAUUUAAAAUACAUUAUUCUGUUACACAGCUCCUUGAGGAACUAUCACAACACUAACAGAUGCUAGUCACUCAGUAACUACAGGUAACCGCUGAAAUCAAACGACACAGCGAUCAAGUGUCUUAAUUGGAGAAAAUUAAAGGAAGUACCUGCAGGAAACACAAGAGCUUCAGUAAACAGCCUUCUUAUGUUAGCACCACAUUAACAAUAUGUAACAUAUAAAGUCAGCCUGAAUGUAUCAUGUAAAGGAAAGAAUGGUAUGUUAUUCUGCGGUGACGUCUCUGGACUAACACUAUUUAAUAUGCUGUACCUUAACGCCAAUUAGGCCUUUGAAAUAAAAAGUGUUGCCUUGCA